UUUUCCCCCGAAAUCUCUUCUCUCAUCUCUCCUCCCCUCUGCACAAAUUUCUGUCCAGCAAGCAAUCGCAGAGAGAGGAAGAGACAGUUGACUCUGAGAUAUAGUUCCUCUCCACUCCAUUCUACCUCCUUACAGAAAGCUCUCAUCUUGUCUGUUCUCACUCCCAAAUCCUCUGUAAGUUUAUUCUUUUGACUUGCAUACAUUCGUUUAAUCGAAUUUCAGAUCUAUACAGUUUUGCCUCUUUUAUCCACUGUAAAACUUAAUCUACAUGUAAUGGAGAGUAACUAUUCGGCUCUUAGCAAGGAUUCAUAUUUGGAACUACAAUUACAUAAUGGUAGUAGAAAUUCGAUACCCCCUGAAAAAUCUCAUGACAAGCUGCACCCUUUUGAUGAAGAAAGCUUCGACAACAAUGUUGACCGUGGAGGUCUUGUUUCUUGCGACGAUGAUGAUCUGGAUCUGGAUUUUGAUGAUCAGUCGCAUAUUCUUAAUAAACCCGGUAAAGGGUCUGGUAUAUCCGGUGCCGUGUUUAAUCUCACCACAUCGAUUAUUGGGGCUGGCAUCAUGGCCUUGCCUGCUACCAUGAAAGUUUUGGGAUUAGUUGUGGGGUUUAUUAUGAUAAUAUUGAUGGGAAUAUUGUCUGAAAUUAGCGUUGAGUUUCUGGUUAGGUUUGCGGUGGCUUCUAAGGCUAAAUCCUAUGGUGAAGUUGUGCAGUGUGCACUAGGGAGAACUGCUAGGGUUUUGUCUGAGAUUUGCAUAGUCGUGAACAAUGCUGGUGUCCUGAUUGUGUAUUUGAUAAUUAUUGGGGAUGUCAUGUCCGGAUCGAAGCAUCAUGUUGGGGUUUUCGAUCAGUGGUUAGGGAAUGGAAUGUGGGAUCAUAGGAAGUUGUUGAUUUUAGUUGUGGUGGUGAUUUUUUUAGCACCACUUUGUGCGUUGAAUAAGAUUGAUUCGUUGAGCUUGACAUCGGCUGCUUCGGUUGUUCUCGCAGUUGUUUUUGUUGUAGUUUGUUUCGUUGUUGCAUUUAUUAAGCUUCUUGAAGGGAAAAUAGAUCCUCCAAGGAUGAGUCCUGACUUUGGAUCUAAAAGAGCGAUUUUGGAUUUACUUGUGGUGAUCCCAAUCAUGUCAAAUGCUUAUGUUUGUCAUUUUAAUGUGCAACCUAUAUAUAAUGAACUAGAAGGCCGAUCUCCUCACAAGAUGAAUCGGGUGGGUAGGAUCACAACCAUUCUUUGCGUUCUAGUCUAUGCUUCGACAGCAAUAUCAGGAUAUCUGCUUUUUGGGAAGGAUAUUGAAUCGGAUGUGCUGACCAACUUUGAUAAGGAUCUUGGUAUUCGUUUUAGCUCUGCCUUGAAUUAUAUUGUUCGGGUUGGCUAUAUUCUUCAUUUGGUUCUUGUUUUCCCAGUUAUUCAUUUCUCCCUACGACAAACUGUGGAUGCUUUGGUAUUUGAGGGAUCACCUCCUCUUCCGGAGAGUAGGAAGAGGUCUUUCGCAUUAACGGUUGUAUUGCUACUGCUUACUUAUCUUGGAUCUACUAUGAUUCCCAAUAUAUGGACAGCUUUCAAGUUUACUGGGGCUACAACAGCAGUGUCGUUAGGAUUCAUAUUUCCAUCUCUUAUUGCUUUAAGGUUAGGACAUCGAGUGAAUUUGAGCUUGCGAGAAAAGUUCUUAUCUUGGUCAAUGUUGAUGUUGGCCAUAGUAGUUAGUAUUGUUGGAACAAUUGGAAAUGUUUAUAGUAUUAGAAGCAAAUCUGAAUGAUUUUUUAGUAAUGUAGACUUGUAUCAAAUUUUACAAAAUUUACAAAAUAAUGAUGACACUCAUCUCUUAUUUA